AUGCGUGCUCUAACACGUAAUACAUUCAAUAGUUAUACGGCCACACGUGUCAAACAAUUUAAUAAAACUACUGUUGCAAAUUUUCGUGCAAACCCUGGUAGUGAUAACUAUGAAACUUUUUCUGGUAUCUAUCAACAAAGCGUAAAUCUAAUUCAAACGUCAUUUAUGUCAAAUAAAACAUGUCGAUGUGAUCACACGAGUAAUUGUAUCUACCCUACUGGCAUCUAUAAUCAAUCAAAAGUCAUCGUUCCUAAUGAAGUCUUUUUACAUAAUGCAUCACUUCUACUUGCUGUACCAGAAUUUCAAGUUGGAUGUGUACCUCAAAAUGCAUUGCUUCAAUCGACAUUAGAAUGUUUUUAUAAUCAAUCGUGCUUGGAUAUGGUCGUUACAUUAACUGGCGCUCUUCCUAAUGCCUCUGCACUGAAUAUUUCAAGUUCUUCUUCUCGAUUUGAUCCACAAACAACUAUCAGUUUUAUUUUUGAUAAUCUAAUGCUCGAGUGUUGGCAUAAUUCUACUGAUUUCGCUGCCUAUUUUCGGGCUUGUGCACCUAAAACUUGUUCGUAUUCCUAUGAACAAUGCUUCUAUCUCAUUUAUAUGAUAACAGUCGUGGCCAGUCUCUUUGGUGGAUUGAGUAAAGUAUUGCAUGUCACAUCCCCAUUGCUUGUCAAAUGUAUUUUACGCUUAUGUCGUCAACAGGUUCGAACGUUUGAGGCUGACGAAGGACGUGAAUCAAGCACAAACUGCCAAGGUGGUAUAUGGAAUAUCGGUAAGCUAGCUUAUCAAAAAGCUACCAUAUUCAAUUUGUUCAAGAAAACCUUCACCAAUGUCAAUCAUGGUAUUUAUUCUACUCGAGUUUAUAUCAUAGUUUUGGCUGUCGGUAUUUACAUUUUGACCAUCUAUUCCGCUACAACAAUUGUUUCAACAAAAAUGACCGUUCAAAAUCCAAAUGUGAGUCAAUUUGAAGAGCUGGAUAAAAUAUAUUCAUCGAUUCUAUCAUGCCCAUGUCAUCAUUCAUCAAUGCCACGCUCAACUUUCCUACAUUAUAAAAUACAAUUUCAUCCAGUUUGUACAAGUAAUUUUAUUCGUGAUGAAGGUUGGCUUCAAUAUUGGACGAUGACAUUUCUCAUUGGUACUAUUGAUCCUACUCCUUCUUUUCUAGUCCGAUAUCUUGAAUGCAUUUGA